GUAUCUGGCUGUUAACAUUCCCUGUUUGAACGCACUCACUCUGACACAAUUAACCUACUGGUGCUUCGGACUAUCUUAUUUUUUAAUUGUAAUUUUACAUUGGAUACACUUUCAAGAGGAGAAAGCAUCGACAUAUGAAGAAUGCGUUCAAAUUAUUUGUGUUUAAUUGUGUGCAUUGUCUGUUUUAGUACAGACUUGGAAGCUACAACAACCACUACCAUAGUGAAAAUGUCAUCCACUACAACCACGACAACAUCUGACCAACAACCGUCCUUAGGCUCCGACUCUCUGACCUGCUCGUCUGCUGGCUCCGCGGGAGAUUCACAGCUACCCUCUCAGCCUGUCAUGCAUACGAAACAAAACGAGUUAAUGCAGAUCAACGCAGACCCCGUGGUCAUCCAGGAAGGCAUCAGCCAGCUGACCGUCAACUGCACGUUCACGACAGACCUGAAAGCAGAAGUGGCCACGGUCAUGAUGAUGGGUCUGUAUCGAAUCCGUGAUCAGGCGCCAAAUUAUGGGAAACAGGAAAUUGCAAUCGUCACAAGACAGAAAGCUAAUGACGAUGUUGUUGGCAAUUUGUCCGUUGUACGUAAAUUUAAUGUUUCCGGACAGUACUUUCUUUCAAUAUCAGUCAGGAAUCCAGCAUCAAAAGAUGCAGGCAUCUAUAAGUGCUCUUUGAUUGGGUCGGACACAUCCAAGGAGCCAUUUAUAGCCACAGCCACCAUCCCAGUAGCAAUGUUUGGAGACAGCAGCUCCCUGCUACCGUCCAUCCAGGCGCCCUUACCAGAUAAAAAGUCCACCGAAGGGAUAAUGUCGGACAAGCCUGCUGAUUUUUCCAAGCCUUUGGAAGAGAUAAAUAGCCAGCUUCAAGCUCUGAAGUCUGCUGUCGAGACAGUCACACAGAACGUCAGCGCUCUGGAAAAGUUUCGACAAAAUGUGGAGAUUAGACUCACCAACAUGAAGCUUUCAAUGUUCAUGGAAAUAGUCGAUAUCAAAACCAAUUACUACAUUUCUCUAUUCGACUUUUCUCAUGUCAAAGUUGCGCAGGCGACUUGCGAGCUCUUCGGGGGUUAUUUGGCUGAGAUCGACUCUCUAGAAGAGUUCGAGCUCGUGGUAAGUCUCGUCUCAGGAGUUUUCGGUCUUUUGGGAGAAGAGUCCACGCUACCCAGUGACGUCACAGAGGGUGUUCUCAUCGGUGGCACAGACGAAGAUGUUGAAGGGCAAUGGAGAACUCGGUUCUCUCCCAAGAACCUGCCAUAUAUUGUUUGGUCGUCUGAUUCCCCGUCUAAAGACACAAGCAAAAACUGCCUAGUAAUGAGAAAAAAUGCUGAAUGGAAGAUGACCGACCAACCAUGCCAAAACCCCAAGUCUCCGACCAAAUUUGUUUGUGAAGUACCCAACAAGAAGUGAUUUUCAAGCGCUGAACAUACUGUAUAAUACGAACAGCGUUAACUAAAUAGAAUAUAUAUCAUUGGGAAGCUGAAAUAUUUCAAGUAUUUCUUUAUUUUUAUUAUUAUAAUAAUUAUUAUUAUUAUUAUUAUUAGGCCUAUUAUUUAUGCUUUGUAUUGAACAAAAAGAUUAGGAACUAUGUCGAUUACAAAGUGUACAAUGUUCUGUGACUAGAAUAAAUUAUAGGAAAAAAGAA